AUGGCAACCUUCGGUGAUCUCUCCGCAAACCAGUACUGGGGCAUGGCCCAGAAUCUCCCUGCCGAUGCGCAGCAACAGCAGCACGUGCAGAUGCCGCAGGCCACAGCGGCUCCUCUCUUCACGGCCCCAGCCAACUUCGCUGGUGGUCAGCAUCAUCCGGUGGCUUUCGCGCAGCAGCAUCCGGGCGCCUUCGAGCAGCAGCCCCAGCAAUGGGUGCAGCCGGAUAUAUACCAGCCGUAUGUGCAGCAGGUGCAGCAGCCGCGCCAUUAUCAUCACCACGAAAUGGCGAUGCCGGUCGCCAUGCAACCCUUCGACCACCGCCAGCACCAACAAGCGUGGCUGCAGAGCGUCGCGCCGCAGCUGCAGCAAUACCAGCAGCACCAGCAGCUGUACUACAGCUACGGGCCGUACCAAGGGCAGCCGAUGGGCGCCACCAUCACCCCCAACCCGCACCAUCAUCAAUAUCACAUGGCGCACCAGAUGCCGGCGGCGGUAGCGCCGAGCUUCCAGCACCAGGCGCCCGCGUUCCGGUUGGGGCCGGAUUUCUUCUCCCCGCCCGUCAUCCCCCCUGAGCAGGACCUCAUCUCCGCCGUCGCCGCCACCAUCCCCUUCGCCCCUCCCAACCCCUCCGAGGACGCCUUCUGGGCCUCCGCUGCGGCCGGGCUCGCUCGCCGCCAGGGGCGCGAGGUCCUUGUCGUGCCGGACUCUCCCCCCCGGCCCGCUCCCCACCAGGAUGAUGUGGUUUUCGUGGCCGAAAUGCCGCGCGCGUCCGUCGCCGCCCAACAGCAGGAGCCGGUCGUCGUGCCGGAUUCGCCGCCCCGCGCCCCCAUCACUACCGAUCUGGGGACCGUGGCGUCCAGCGCUGGUGUGACGGGCGGGCCGCACCAGGAUGCUGGCGCCAGCCAGGAACCAGAACCGUCGCCGGCGGCUGGCGCCACGGAGGCCGUGCCAAUUGAUUUGACGACCGCGCCGGCACCAAAGGAACGGGUGGUGAACCCGCGGAAGGUGGUCGGCGUCGGCAUCGAUGGCCGGCCGUGCCGGGAAUACGCCUGGAUGAAGGAGGCGAAGGAGGAGGCGAAGAAAGAGGCGGAGUUGAAGAAGAAUAGGGAGGCCAGAGAGAAGGCGCAGAGGGAGGUGAGAGAGAGGUUAAAGAAGAAAGCGGAGAAGAGGAAGGAGGAGGAGGGGAAGAAGGCCAAGGCCGCGGAGAGGGCCGAGGCGAAAAAGCGGAAGCGGGCGUCAGAUGAGCUGGUGGAAGAGGGUAGUGCGGCGGCAGGGAGCGCGCGGCCUAAGAAGGCGCGCAAGAGCACGAAGGAACAGACCUCGCCUACCGCGUCCGAGGGGACGCAGCUGCUUUCCCCGCCGGUGUCGGAGAAAGAUGACUUCGACGCCCUCACGGCAGCCAUGGAGGCAGAAUUCAUGGCUUGCGCGGACUUCGAGGAAGUAGAACACGCGCCGCCACCACCACAAUCCGCUGCCGCUGCCAAUGCACUAGAGGCCCCUCUAGGUGCGGGACAGACUCUCGCCGCACCCUCCGCCGAACCACCAGCGGCGGUUCUGGCGCCUGAACAAACCUCCGCCCCGCCCUCCGCCAAUACCUCAGAGCCCCUUUGGGCAGCCGAACAGUCCUCGGCUGCGGCCGCCGACAACUCACUAGACGGUGCCGAGGACGACGAUUACGACGAGCUGUUCGAUGAAAAGGAGCCCGCUCCUAUCCUCACGUUGUCACUGCCGGGCACAGGCUGUCGCAAGAGGUAG